AUGUUUAGUGCUCCCGGAAAGGCCUUUGUGGCCGGAGGCUAUCUAGUUCUGGACCCCAAAUACAAAGCCUUCGUGAUAGCCCUGUCCUCCAGAAUGUACGCCCAUGCUCAUGUGGAGAACGGGACGGGAGAACACAUCGAAGUGCGCGUCAAGUCCCCCCAGUUCGCUGAGGGAGAAUGGUGCUACAAGAUAGAUCUUUCCAGACUGGAUCGCGCUGAGGAGAUACAUGGCCGCGGCAAUCCCUUUGUGAAGUCGACAAUUGACGUUGUCUUGCUGUACCUGGCUCCAAAACAGACUAAGCGUAUCACGGUCACCAUCUUCUCUGACCCAGAGUACCACUCGCAAAAAGACUCUACGCCGAAAACCUCAAAAAACGGACUCAAAACCCUAUACUUCCACUCGCAGCCGAUACACAAAGUGGCGAAGACGGGACUGGGAUCGAGCGCGGGUCUGGUUGCGUGCUUGACGACGGCUCUGCUCUCGUGUUUCAGCGAAAACUUUGACGUGAAAAGUGAAACCACACUCAACAGGAUCCACAACCUCGCUCAGGUUGCUCAUUGCCACGCCCAGGGGAAAAUUGGCUCAGGAUUCGACGUGGCCGCUGCAACGUUCGGCUCGAUUGUGUACCGCAGAUUCGAUCCGCAGCUGGUGAACAGGGUGAUAGAGUCCUGGAAAAAUGAGGACCUGGUGCAAUUGGUCGACAACACAGACUGGAAGAUAGAACACACAAAGUGCUGCCUGCCUCCAGGAAUAAAAUUGCUCAUGGGAGACAUUGUGGGGGGUUCGGAAACCCCAAAGUUGGUCUCCAAGGUUCUGGAAUGGAGGAAAAAGGAGCCCGAGAGAUCGCUUGAGACGUGGACGCAUUUGAACUCGAGCAACAUGCGGCUCGUCGAGUCGCUCGAAAAGCUACAAGACUUCAGCAAAAGCCAGCCAGAGACCUACAAAUUGUCGCUCCGAAGUCUGGUGGAAGGCAACAAAAGCGGCUUCAGCGACGUCGUCUCGAGUAUACAAGGAAUUCGCCGGUACCUGAAAAUCAUGACUCUGGAAAGCGGCGCGGAGAUUGAGCCAGACCAGCAGACAGAACUGCUAGACUACUGCAUGUCGCUAAACGGUGUUUUGGGCGGAGUAGUGCCCGGUGCUGGGGGCUACGACGCGGUGUGCUUGCUGGUGGCCGAGGAGGCCAUUCGGGAUGUGGUGGAACGUACAAAAGACCUCUCUGUGACGUGGUUGAACCUGCACGAGCAAGAAACAGGCAUCCGCGAGGAAGACGUCUCGAGCUUUAUCGGUUUUUUAUAG